CGUCAGGGGAAUAACCUUGUUUGCACAACGCCUAGCGUGACGUCACUGGAUACAAGAGGAACGGAUUUGCAAAAUCACCGUACAAAUAUCGUCAAAACAAUAUAACAAAGAAAGGACCACGUGACAGGAAAUCAUCAUGGCACAUGUUGCUAUGAACAUCCUAUUGGUGAUUUGUACGGUACUUAUUGUGGGAGCCAGUACAUGUAGACAAGGGUGGAUUAGUAAAGGUUCUGGUAAACUAAGAUUCUGUUACUACAUUUCUGCCGUUGGGGAUGUUAAAUCCCAAAGUGAUGCCACGGCAGCAUGCAAACAAAUGAGCGGAAUGUUGUUUUUCCCUUCUGAUUCUUAUGAAACUAGAGAGUUUAAAAGAUUUGUUAGUAACAAUAGGAUAUCUACUCCGUUUUACUGGACAUCUGGACAUAAAGACAACUACCAAUGGACUUGGGGUGUUGACCCCUUUGCGUACCCAUUUCAUGCCCCUAAUUGGGCCGCAGGACAACCUAACGGGGCUCUUAAAGGAGAAUGCAUAGCUGUCCAAACACAAGGUGCAAUGAUGGAAGACCAACCAUGUGGAAAUAGAUACAACUAUAUCUGCAAGUCACGAUCAUAGGCUUAGAGACUCAAACUAUGCUAUUAGAAUACAAUGUACUUUUGAUUUGUAUCAUUUGAAUACACUGUGCUCACAGCUGCUUGGAAUUAUGAGAAUACAGUGUAACUUUAGUCAGAAUCAUUGGAUAUUAUUAUGAUAUUAUGUCUUUAUAUACUUCAAACAGAUAUACAGAUCAUCAUAAUCAAAUGAUGUUUGCAUUCUUUCAUUUGAUUCAAAUGAUUAAAACCUUGUAUCGAAA